AUGCUUCGAACAGCAGCAGUUAGAACCGGAGUUUCAGGGUCUUCAGCUUUGUGCGCCCAAGCCGGUUCAAGGCUCCUGUCUCAAAAGCCCGGGUUAUCAUCUAUCAGAUCGUUCUCUGCGUCAGCCAAUCGCAAUUUGAAGAUUCUAUCUGUUUUAUACGAUGGUGGAGAACAUGCCAAACAGCAGCCACGGCUGCUAGGCACGACCGAGAACGAGCUGGGCCUGAGGAAAUGGCUCGAAGAUCAGGGUCAUACUCUCAUCACCACCUCCGACAAAGAGGGUCCGAACUCUGUGUUCGAAAGAGAGCUUCCUGAUGCAGACAUCCUGAUCACCACCCCAUUCCAUCCGGCGUAUCUUACCGCCGACCGAUUAAAGAAAGCUAAAAACCUCAAGCUGGCUGUGACUGCAGGUGUCGGCUCAGACCACAUCGACCUCAAUGCGGCAAACAAGACCAACGGUGGCAUCACCGUCGCAGAGGUCACGGGCUCCAACGUUGUCUCAGUUGCUGAGCAUGUGGUCAUGACCAUGCUGGGCUUGGUGCGGAACUGGAUCCCGGCGCACGAGCAGAUUGAGCGCGGUGAGUGGAACGUUGCCCAAGUCGCACGCAAUGAAUACGACCUGGAAGGUAAAGUGGUGGGCACCGUUGGUAUCGGUCGCAUUGGCCAGCGCGUCCUGCGGCGGUUGAAGCCGUUUGACUGCAAGGAGCUGCUCUACUACGACUACCAGCCCUUGAAACCCGAUGUAGAGGCUGAAAUAGGUUGCCGGAGGGUGGAGAGCUUGGAGGACAUGGUCGCCCAGUGUGAUAUUGUCACGAUCAAUUGUCCCCUACACGAGAAGACAUUCGGCCUCUUCAACAAGGAGUUGAUCUCGAAGAUGAAGAAAGGAUCAUGGAUCGUCAACACCGCCCGUGGUGCGAUCGUGGUGGCAGAUGACAUUGCAGCGGCUCUUAAGUCGGGCCACUUGAACGGCUACGGAGGCGAUGUCUGGUUCCCUCAACCAGCACCAAAAGAUCACCCACUUCGCUACGCGAAGAACCCUCUUGGAGGCGGCAACGGCAUGGUUCCCCAUAUGUCGGGCAGUUCACUGGACGCACAGAAGCGCUACGCCGAUGGUGUGAAGAAGAUUCUACAGAGCUACCUGAGCGGAGCGCACGAUUACGAGCCCGCGGAUCUGAUUGUCUACAAGGGAGACUACGCGACACGUUCUUAUGGGCAAAGGAAGGCGAACUGA